CCGCAGAGGAGGAGAUGACUGCACAUGUGCUGUGCGACACGGAGUACCUCCCUUCCGGCCGCCAUCUCGGUAUCUGCCGCGGCUGCAUUUAGCCCUGUGUUCCGGUUUGGGGGUUUUGUGUUUUUCCUCGUUUUGGUAGCGCUGUGCUCGUCCCGGGAAGAUGAAAGAAACAAUCAUGAAUCAAGAAAAGCUUGCCAAGCUCCAGGCUCAAGUGCGCAUUGGUGGCAAGGGUACUGCCCGCAGAAAGAAGAAGGUUGUCCACAGAACAGCUACAGGAGAUGACAAGAAACUUCAGUUUUCUUUGAAGAAACUGGGAGUCAACAAUAUUUCUGGUAUUGAAGAGGUAAAUAUGUUUACCAACCAAGGAACAGUCAUUCACUUCAAUAACCCUAAAGUUCAGGCAUCUCUGUCUGCUAACACUUUCACUAUUACUGGCCAUGCUGAGACAAAGCAGCUGACAGAAAUGCUUCCUAGUAUCUUAAAUCAGCUUGGAGCUGACAGUCUCUCCAGCCUGAGGAGAUUGGCAGAAGCCCUACCCAAGCAAUCUGUGGAUGAGAAAGCACCACUUGCUACUGGUGAAGAUGAUGAUGAAGUUCCAGAUCUUGUUGAAAACUUUGAUGAAGCUUCAAAGAACGAGGCAAACUGAACCAAGUGUCACUCUGAAUUAAGUUAAAACUUGAAAAAGCUAUAUGGAGCUGCUAUUUUAUAUUGUGACUUAUAUUUGAAUUUAUUUCCUGAUGAGUUCUCAAAACUUGUAAUUGAAAACUCCUUGAACCUGCAGCUCUUCUUAGUUACUGUUUGUAUACAAUAUUAUUUUUGUGGCCUGAUUGAAUAAACCUAUCCUUUGAAAUAUGUCA